GAAGAUGUGAAGAGCUACAAAGAAGAAAAUAUAUAAUGGUUUUGUGGUUGUGUUUUGAUGUUAGAGAUUAUCUAUUUUCAUCGAUUGAGGUUUAGGAAUGUUGCGUUAAAUUCUACAAUACCUUUAAUUCAACAUUGGACUGAUGUGGAUAUAAGAGAUAGAAUUAGAAAUGAAAAGUUGUCCAAGGGUUUUGGGUGUGGCAUUCUUGAGUUUGAUACAUAUCCAGUGAGUGAGAAGUUGCAAUUUGAGGAUGGACAAGUUGUUUGUAAUCAAUUCAAGGAAGCUCCUGUGAAUCAAACUUCUGGAAAAGAAUCUGUUGUUUAUGAAGGUGUCCGUAGCAAUGUUAAGGGUGUUAUUCAGUUUGAGCUACCUGCUAGUUCAAUGUCUAAUGAGGAAAUCCGUUCAAUUGCUAUUGAUGAAGUUUAUGAGAAGUUUUUGCUCAUGAAAAGAGAUUUAGAAGUGGUAUCUAACUUCUACAUGAAUGAGUUGAAAGUCUUAUUUCAGACUCGUAAACCUAAUGAUGGUUCAACUUCGACACCUCCAAUGUCCCAAACUGAUUUAUUCUUUAUGGAUCCUCGUGUUCAUGAAAUUGUUGAUGAGAUUGUGUCUCUUGUAAAUUGGGUAAGCAAAGUGCCUAAUGGUUUGGAUGAUGAUGAUAUUGAUGAUAAUGGUGCACCUGCAAAAGAGAUUAAUGUUGUAGUUGGUGAAGUUCCAAGGAUAGGUUUUGAGCAUGUUUUGAGUAAUGGAAAAUCUAAAUGCUCCCUUGCUAUGGAUGUUAGUCUCUUUGGUGAUAAAGUUACAUAUGUAACUCAAUAUAUGAAGUCAAGUAAUAAGGAUAUGAAGGUUUUGGAUGCAGUUGUCCAGGAACUUGUUGACUACUGCAUUAGUGAUUAUCAUGGUUUCGAUCUCAAUGAGGUGUUGGUAUCUUUUGGCAAACCAUUUGAGAUUACAAGGAAUGAAUUCCUUUCAUUAGGCGAACCGACUAUUGCUAUAUCUUCUGUUAUUAUUGAUUGUUGGGCUUUGUUGCUUAAUGAAAACUAG